AUUUCCCGCAUUUUUUUCCCCCACAAGGUUAAGGACACGUGAGCGUGUGGUGUGCUAAUAAUAGUAUGUCUGAUCCAUCGUUGUUGACGAAAGCUAAACUAAAAGAGGAAUUGAUACGCCACAACAUACCACUGCCAAAAUCCGACGCUAGAAAACAGUCAUACAUUGAUUUAUAUACAGAACACGUGCUAAAGGAAGACUCAGAAGACGAAGACACUACAGACGUGUAUGAAAACGAAGAUCAACAAAGUCAAAGUGGUGAAAGUGAUAGCGAAAUAGUUUUCAAAAAGCCAACCUACCAAAACAGCACUGAAGCAUAUAAAGGAAGUGGUGACUUUGACCACAGUAAGGAUCAAGAUACUCCCAUCAUGAUGUCAGUCAAAGACCUCACAGAUGCUGAAUUGACGAAAGAGCUACGAUCUAGGGGUGCUGCCCCCGGUCCUGUUACUGCAACUACACGGAAAGUUUACGAAAAGAAGCUCUUGAAGCUGCGACAAGCAGAAGGAAGCACAACAGAAAAAUUGAUAGAGACCUCACAGUAUGAGGAAGUUCCUGAUGAUGAAGAAAGAUCGCCCCCACCAAAACCUAGAACCCCAGUAAAGAGAGCAACCAGGGCGAGGAAAGUUGAACCAGAUUACAUGGGUGAACCAGAUUACAUGGGUGAACCAGAUUACAUGGGCGAGGAAACAACUAUCACUCACCGAACCCCAACCCAGUCAGCACCAAAACCAGAGCCUGCUGUUACCAGUACCAGAACCAGUAAAACAACAGUCGCACACAAGACAUCGACCACUGUCCAGCAUAGCGCUUUACCUAGAUGGGUCAAGUUUCUGGUUUUUGUAGGUGUUUUCUUUUUUGCCUAUCUCGUCUACAUCAACAUGGAACCAUCUGGAAGUAGAGUACCCAAAAUAGCGAAAGGUCCAGCUUCUUAAUGCUGAACCGAUUGGAAAUCUUUGUACAAAACAAACUGAAAAGACACCCCACUGGAAUUAUUUAUCAUGUGAACUUUUCUUAUGAUGUGUAAUAGUGCUUUCACAAUAACAUGAACCAAUGGAAAACUGAUAUGUACCUUUGUUGAUUAAUUCAUAUAAAACAAGUACAGGUGAAAGGAUCUGUUUUAUUGAUUAAGGAGAGAUCUCGAUCAUUUUCUACCAAGUGUUGAAUUGGUAUUUAUAGAACAAGUUUAAUGCUAUAUAUAUAUAUGUCAUAAUGACAAGCCUAGCUUGCAGAAAAGCACCAACUUUGAGGGUAAUUAAAUGUAAAUAAAAUUGUCAUGAUCCUUUUUUUCGACUUGAUAACAUCAUGACACAUAAAUACUUGUCUUACAAAAAGAGCAUUUGACAAAGUUGAUGCUCUCAGGAGUCCAAGCCUUUAUUUUUACAUUUGAUUAAAUAUUCCUCUCUCUUUGUUUAAGGAAAUCUGGUCAUUUACAGUGAUUUGAAUUAUUGUGUAUUUUAUGUAAUGAAACAGGCCCGAUGUGAUAAGUCUAGUAUAUAUCAUGAUCAAGAACUUUGCAAAUAAUAUAUUAAAUGUACAUAUUUUAGGACAGCACAUCAAAGAUGAACUCGACCAUCAACAUUCAUUACUAAGAAAAAUAACCAUUUAUGAUUAUUUGUAUUCAGUAUAAGAAACUUUAUAGAGUUAAAUAGUUUGUAGUACAGUUGGUAUAGUUGUAAAACAGGUUAAAAUCAUUGUUUUACGUGCACAAAGGAGAUUGUUGUCAGAUCUGUUUUAUAUAUUGUGUGUCGAUUUGUCAACAAUGAUAUUGUGUUAUUCUAUGUCUGUUUCAGAAAUGAAUAUAUGGGAAGAGACACUUAUUUGUGACUCCCUUCCCCAACCAACCAACAUUAUUCUUAUCUUGGGGCAAAGGUUUACCAUUAUUUUGACUCCACCACCCUGAAAUAAUUGAUUAAAAGUGCCCCCUCCCUCUGUAUCCCCAUAUAUUCAUAUCUAGAAUAGCCCUUAGCUUAGAUAAAUAGUAUAAAACUAAAUUAUUUCGGCUAUAAACUUUUUAAAAAGUUGUAUUACUCUGAUAUUUGAUUCAAACAUCACUUUUUCACUUUCACUGCUUUGGUUGUUGGAUGAUUUUGUUCACUUUUUAUGAAAUAUUCAGCUUACACUAGUUCUGUGUGUAAUUUAGUUUGCCUUUUUGUUUAUGAAUUUGUGAUAAGAGCAGAUCAUGAAUACACACGUCUUGUAAUUAUUUUUCAUAUUCACAUACAAUUAAUUAAACUUAGAAAUAUAAUGUUAUUCCUUUCACUAUUAAUCAACCUUGUGACAGUCAUUUGUAUCGAAAAUGCUUUUAUAUAAGUCCUGGUGAAUUAAAAUUAAUUUGCAGUACCUGAGCCUCCUUGUGAAUCAGCUGUCAACACUUGUAAACUUGAAAAAGGAAACAAACACAAAGUUUUGUAACAUUUUCCGGCUCACUUAUUUUCAUACACCAGUUCCAUAUAGUUGAGCUCUAGGUAUGAGCUUUAUGUGGUGUUUAUGUAUGUGUUUUAUGCCAAGUCUUAUCACAAUCAAAGAUGCUUUCUGAUACUGAAAAAGUGGGCGUUUUCGUUUUGACAACUGUUUUGUGGGAUAAUUAUAAUAUGUAAAAUUCAUAUAGGCUUAAUUUACUCAUCAUUAAAAAAAUGCAAACAUUUCCACACUUCCAAAAUUCUACUUUUACAGUAAUCAAAGACAUUACUGACUUCGUGUAGCAUGUUCCUGAAUCUUUCAAGUUUAUUAUUAAUACAUGUACAAUGACUGGCAUCCUCGAUAUCCAGGGGGUUAUGCUCACUUUCGCUCUCGACACCCCUGGGAUAUGUCAUAGCAAAAUUGAAGGCACACGGCUAGCUAUUUGAUUGGUGUCGGGUAAAAAAAACACUAUCCAAUCACUAGGUUGAUACUUGUCUUUUUUUGAAGAUUACAACAGAGCGAUGCCCGACUUCAAAGCCUGUCAAUUUUUACAGUUGGACGACCGUGAUAUUUUGAUGAACAUCAAAGCAUCAAACUAGUUUUCUUGUCUCUUCCACAAAGUACUGCACAUUGAGCCUUCGAUUUUACUAUGACAUAUUCCAGGGGUGCAGAGAGCGAAAGUGAGCGUAACCCAUGGAUAUCGAGGAUGAAUGACUGGUUGCCCCGACCUCUAUUUGGUCAAGACAAUAGAACCAAGGUAUUAUGUUCCAAUCGGUCUCCUGUAUGAAAAGUUGUUGAGUCCCUGAAGGAAUUCUUAAAUACAACUCCAGAAGACAAUAGAGAAGGUGAAUAUUUUGUUUAAAACUUCUUUUAUGUAUAUCAUGCAAAAUUGUAAUAAAGUCUGCUAUUUUGUA